GGGGCGGGGCCACGUCCAGCCGGCGCCCAGGCCUCCCUGCGCGCGCACCGCGCACCGGAGCGGACGGAGCGGUCCCGCCGAUGGAGGCGGGCGCGGCGGACGCACUGCUGUCCGCGCUGUGCGUGGCCUUCACCCUCGGCAUGUUCUCCACCGGCCUCUCGGACCUCAGGCACAUGUGGAUGACCCGGAGAGUGGACAGUGUCCAGUUCCUGCCCUUUCUCACCACGGAUGUCAACAACCUGAGCUGGCUGAGCUAUGGGACCCUGAAGGGAGAUGGGACCCUAAUCGUCGUCAACGCGGUGGGCGCCGUGCUCCAGACCCUGUACAUCGUGGUGUACCUGCACUACUGCCCCCGGAAGGGUGCCGAGCUCCUGCAGACUGCAGCCCUGCUGGGGGUCCUUCUCAUGGGUUUUGGCUACUUUUGGGUCCUGGUGCCCAACGUGGAGGCCAGGCUUCAGCAGCUGGGCCUCUUCUGCAGUGUCUUCACCAUCAGCAUGUACCUCUCACCACUGGCUGACUUGGCCAGAGUGAUCCAGACCAAAUCCACCCAACGCCUCUCCUUCCCACUGACCAUCGCCACCCUCCUCACCUCCGCCUCCUGGACGCUGUACGGGUUCCGCCUCAGAGACCCCUACAUCAUGCCCUCGUGAUUUCAGGUGCCCAACAUCCCGGGAAUCCUCACCAGCCUCAUUCGCCUCUGGCUUUUCUGGAAGUACCCUCAGGAGCAAGACAGGAACUACCAACUCCUACAAACCUGAGGCGGCUCACUGGCCACAGGACGCCUCCACGCCAACCUGUUACCAAAGAGGUUCAAGCCAACCUGCUCCAACUGUUCCUGCCGACCACGGCACGGGGGCCAGGGCUCAUGGGGAAGAGAGACAACUCUGAGAAUCCGGGGACCAAAGAAAGAGCUUUACUUAGAAGAGUGGGUGGGAUUGGGAGAUGAAGCACUUACUUUUUAGAGAUUAUAUUUUUUAAUUUGGGGGUUGUGGUGAAAUCUUUAGAGUGUGCCUUAAAAUAAACGGUUUCCUAUCCCUGUC